CACUUAAACUUAAGCCAGCAUAGCCGACUCUAGACGCUGGAGAAGUAGUGCCGCCCAGCCCAGCUAACUCAGAGUACAAAACAGACUUUAUACCAAGAUGCGCUCCAUCAACACCAAUCCCAGCAGCAGUAAGCUUACCCUAAGCUGUAUCGCCAUAGCUUUGAUAAUCCUAACUCAGGUCCUUGCACCUUGCUUCGCGCACCAACUGACAAAACCGCCAACCAGGCCGAGCUCGUUUAAGAAUAAAGCAGAACUUACAGAAUACUUAAGGAGGUUAAACGCAUACUACGACGUUGUUGGUCGACCAAGGUUUGGAAAACGUGCAAUGGGUCCCUCGGAAUAUGGUGGAGGCCUAGACGACGCUGUAAAUAACGUCCGAUCAUCUGUCAUAGACCUGUUAGAUUUUAACGGCGAUGGGAAGCUUUCGUCCGCAGAACUAGGAUUGGCAUACUACUUGGAUGAAAUUGCUCCCCAGAAAAAGAGGCGGUAAUGGAGCUGUGCGAUAUAUUUUUUGGUAUAGGCGGAGCCACCUGUACAAGACGGUCCUGAUCCUGAACUUGUUGACACUAGUUGUCCAUGCAAUUCACAUCCUUAAAACAGCAGCGAUUAUGUGACUGAAGGAUCAUAGUUGAAUCUCAGGCAUAACACAUUAUCAACAAAUUCUUAAACACCACCUGCUUUCUCUUAAGCACACUGCCUGUUAAAAUAACAACCUUUGGUAUGAAAAGAUUGAUUGAUUGUUAUUCUGCUCCAGAAAAACCGUUCCGUUCUUGUAAAAACCUUUGGAUAAUUCUAUUGAACUCUGAUCGUUCUUCGAUGAAAAAGCGUUCAGAGGACGCUCAGUCUCUCUAAAUCAAUUAAACCUUCUUUUUCGCUCAAAGCCCUCGGAAAUAAAUGUGGUCAGUGCGUUGCGAAAUCGGACUUAUCAUUCGCCGCUUUAUAAUAAUUAGCAGUAGUUAUUAAUGGCCGGAAAAAAAUCUGGCCUGCAACAGGGAAGGAUUAAAAAUUCGGACAGGCUGAGCGUUCAUUGAUCGAGGAACUAAAUAAUACUAGUGAGAGCUAAAAUUGUAUUGAGACGGUAUUGGAUAUCUUCAAUUCAGAAUAUAUUGGUUCAUUUUUUUUUGGCGGUGCGGUUUUUCCAUUCUUAAUUUACUGGUCAAGGAGUAAAAUUCACACAUCUUGGUAUAUUUAUAUCUCUAUCAAAGUUUCACAUCUAAGAGAUCCGGAAAUGACGGUAUUUUGAAAAUUCAAAUUGAUAAGACUGUCUCUCUAACAAUGUUCUUUCAAUAAUAAUUAAUUUAACUUAGCUCUUAAUCCAAGGAUAUCUUUUUGGUAUUAUUUAAUAAAUUCAACUCACAAACUAAUGCGCCUGGUGUUGAACAAUGAAAGCAUGCGUAAUAUAACAAGCGUAUAAGGAAUAUUUAGUCAUCCGUCUUGAAUGAACUAUUCUCUUUGAAGAUGAUGACCCGUGACUGAAUAAAUUUCAAAACAAAUGUACGUAAGUUGACAAACCCAUUCAAAAUUUGUGUCCCUUUGAAAUAAGUAUUCCUUUUUAUUCGCUGGAUACCAUUAGUACAUACAAAUCAAUCCUCAAUCCAUAUUACUC